AUGCACUCACCUCCUAGAGAACAGCCUGCCAUCAUGCUCUGGAAACUGGUUGAAAAUGUCAAGUAUGAAGAUAUCUAUGAGGACCGGCAUGAUGGAGUGCCCAGCCACAGUUCCAGGCUGUCCCAGCUGGGAUCCGUCUCGCAGGGACCCUACUCCAGCGCUCCUCCGCUCUCUCACACCCCAUCCUCGGAUUUCCAGCCGCCUUAUUUCCCACCCCCCUACCAGCCUCUUCCUUACCACCAAAGCCAGGACCCUUACUCCCAUGUCAAUGACCCCUACUCCCUAAACCCCUUGCAUCAGCCCCAGCAGCACCCCUGGGGACAGAGGCAGAGGCAAGAGGUGGGAUCAGAAACCGGGUCACUGCUGCCACAGCCUCGGGCCGCCCUGCCCCAGCUCUCGGGACUGGACCCCAGGCGGGACUACCACUCAGUACGGAGGCCAGAUGUCCUCCUGCACUCAGCUCACCAUGGCCUUGACUCCGGCAUGGGGGACAGCCUUUCUCUGCAUGGCAUCGGACACCCAGGGAUGGAGGAGGUCCAGUCAGUUGAAGAUGCCAAUAACAGCGGUAUGAACUUAUUGGACCAGUCUGUCAUUAAAAAAGAAAGGCGCUGUCCGUUGUACAAAAGGCAUCGGGGGGCUCUGGGUGAGACACAGGCUCAAACCCGAAAGUUGCCAGUUCCGGUUCCUCCAAAAUCUGUUACUUCUUUGAUGAUGAACAAAGAUGGCUUCCUGGGUGGAAUUUCAGUCAAUACCGGAGAGGUGUUUUGCUCUGUACCUGGCCGCUUGUCUUUGCUUAGCUCAACUUCAAAGUAUAAAGUAACUGUGGGAGAAGUUCAGAGACGCCUUUCCCCUCCAGAGUGUCUGAACGCAUCCCUCCUAGGAGGAGUACUUAGAAGAGCCAAAUCGAAAAACGGGGGGAGAUCUUUGCGAGAAAGGCUAGAAAAAAUCGGUUUGAAUUUACCAGCCGGCAGGCGCAAGGCCGCAAAUGUCACUUUACUCACCUCCCUGGUGGAAGGUGAGGCCGUUCAUUUAGCUCGGGAUUUUGGGUACAUCUGUGAAACGGAGUUCCCAGCCAAAGCUGUUUCUGAGUACCUGAAUAGACAGCACACGGACCCCAGCGACCUACACUCCAGGAAAAACAUGCUGCUUGCUACAAAGCAACUUUGCAAAGAAUUUACAGAUCUCUUGGCCCAGGACAGAACGCCCAUUGGGAACAGCCGGCCCACCCCUAUUUUGGAACCAGGCAUUCAGAGCUGCUUGACUCACUUCAGCCUCAUCACCCACGGCUUUGGGGCCCCUGCUAUCUGUGCUGCCCUCACGGCCCUCCAAAACUACCUGACUGAAGCUCUCAAAGGCAUGGACAAGAUGUUCUUGAACAACAACACUGCUAACAGGCACACAUCUGGCGAAGGACCAGCUUUGCCCGCUUGGCUUAUGAGCUUCUUCAAAGAGGACUAGAGAUCCCUACACAAUAUAUCAGCUUGGACUACAGGAGCCGGCUCAGCUGAUCGCCCAUGGUGUCCAAAAUAAAUCAUCAUCUUCAUCAUAAUAAAAAAACCCAAAAC